AUGACAUCUUGUUCAGCUGCUGACCGGACGCGAUGGGCCACACAUCGAGCGCAACGCAUCCACCAAGAGCUCGAUUCGGGAGUCGACGUAUGGUCGCUCUUCAACCCGGUCGUUUUCCCCACGGCGAUCAAUCUCGGUCAAGGCUUUAUGAAUUGGCAACCGCCGUCGUACAUUCUCGAUACGCUCACGCACGAGUUUGCAAACCGCGUCGAUCUGCAUCAUUACUCGCAUCCAAAGGGACGUGCUCGAUUGAGGCAGGCGAUCAGUGACUUUUACUCGUCGCAGUUUCAUCUGCCUCGUGGUGCAGCGGAGGAGGUGCCGAUCGAGGUGGGAAAGCAAAGAGCAGCGGGUCACCGGAAGCUCGACGUCGAAACCGAGAUUCAGAUCACGAGCGGCGCUAACGGUGGCAUCUACUCGGUCAUGGGUGCCUUUAUCAACGAUGGCGAUGGAGUGGUGUGCAUUGAGCCGUUCUUUGACCAGUACAAUGCCGAGAUCCUGUUUCACGGUGGAAAGCCAUUGUACGUUCCACUGCUCCCACCAGCGGCGAGCGGUACGUCGCACAUUGAUGCCAAUGACUGGACGCUGGACAUGGCGCAUCUUGAACGCGUACUUUCGCAAGCGUCGACGAAAGCGCUCAUUCUCAACACGCCGCACAAUCCGGUUGGCAAAGUGUUUUCGCACGCCGAGCUGGCGAGCAUUGCCGAGCUGUGCGUCAAGUACGACAUUCUCGUGGUAGCAGAUGAGGUGUAUGACUGUCUGACAUUUGACGGUCAACCACAUACGCGCAUUGCGUCGUUUAGCGGUAUGUGGGAUCGAAGCGUGACUGUGGGAUCGGCAGGUAAGUCGUUUGCCUGCACCGGUUGGCGUGUAGGCUGGCUGAUCGGACCGGAUCAUCUCAUCGCCCCGUCGCGUGCUGUCCAUACACGCAUCACUUUCGCCGUCAACUCAUCCGCCCAAGAAGGCGCCGCCAUCGGCCUCGAAUCCGCCGAUUCUCAUCACUUUUUCCAAUCGCAAAUCAACCAAUACGCUCAUCGAAGACAACUCCUCUCAAAUGCACUAGACCAAAUCGGUCUCUCUUACACCAUCCCCCACGGCGGCUACUUUAUCAUGGCCGACGCAACCAAGAUCCAAAUCCCCGACACUUGGAUCGAAUCCAACAACGUCCCCGAUGCAAUCCUCAACAAACCUCAAGAUUAUCUCAAGGCCUGGUUCAUCGCCAAGGUCUGUGACGUCGUUGUGAUCCCCGCCACUGCCUUCUAUGCCGAAAAGGGCGCAGAACAGGUCGGAAAGAACUACGUCAGGUUCAGCUUUUGCAAGGACGACCAGAUCGAACAGGCGGCUCCAAGGCUGAAAAAGUUGAUUCCGUAUCUGACCAAGUGA